AUGCUCGUAGGGUAGAAGUGACUCAUGUCCAAGACCAAACCAAGACGGAUGAAUAUUAUUAUCGUCGAUAAGUAGUGCAGUUUUCUAAUCAACCCUUCGAGCAUCCUUGUUUCGUUGUGGCUCAUCAAAGCGCCAACAAUGGAUGUGAGCUGAUCCAUCCAGUUUCGUCCCCCGUACGUAAGCUCCGAGGAUUGUGAGUGUGUGUACAAAAUUCGCGCUGUUGAGUGUUCAAGUGACUUUGUUGCUGCGAUUCCUACUUCUUGUGAUUACCCAUGAGGAGGAUAACACCUUGACCAAGCAAAUUACGGACGAAAAAGGAUGCCCGGGGUGAUCUCUGUUCAGGAUUUCGUUCGCGAAGUCCGAGAGGAUUUCAACAGUCCCACCACCUCCAACUACGUGAGCCGCAUCCCACAAUGUCGCGAGUCCGUCAACAAACUAGACGAGAGCCUCUCAGUGGACAAGGAAGGAUUAUCUAAGCUGAAAAAUGCUCUCAAGGACCUCUCCAAAGCAGGCAUUUGCCACUCUUCGACCGAGUUUGAGUUCUCAAAAGUGCUCAAUCGCAUGGGUGAGUCGGCCAUCAUGCGGGACGAUGAGCCUGACGAUAUUGGAGGCGCUUUCCAAAAGUUCGCCAUCGUUUCCAAAGAUCUUUCAAACCACACAAAAACCUUGGCGAGUAAACUCGAGGAAUUGAUGCUCUUGCCGGUGGAUAAAUUGCUCAAGAAUGAGUUAAGAGGAUCCAAAGGCGAUCUGAAGCGACCUUUCGAGCGUUCCUGGAAAGAUUAUCACGAUAAAUACUCCGAGCUGGAAAGGCAAAAGAAGAAAGCGGCCAAAGAUGCAGGACUUCAUCGGUCGGAUUUGACCGCAGGAGAAAUAGCGGACGAAAUGGACAAAGAGCGGAAAUAUUUGCAACUGACAACCACAGAAUACCUCAUCAAGCUCAACGAAAUCAGGACCAAGAAAGGUGUUCACCUUCUGCAAAACCUCUUGGAUUACUACCGAGCCCAACAAAGAUACUUUGAGGAUGGGCUGGAAACAAUCAACCAUUUGGGGAAUUAUGUGGAGGAUCUAAGCAUGAAAUUGCAUCAAAUUCAGCAGAGUCAUGAAGAGGAGCGCCAAUCACUUCUGGAAGUCCGAACUACCUUGAAGAACUGCCCCGGUUUCAACAAGAUGCUCUAUGAGAAAUACUGGCAUGAGGCUAUGAUGAAUACCACUUUACAAAUGGUCCUAAAAGUCCGUGAUCGUUUUAAAGACGAGCCGGUGACCAGUGUCUCCACCACAUCCAAUUCGUCCGGUCACUACACGCUGCAUCAGGCCAAGGGAGACGCAGCGGCGGGCAACCAGAAAACGGGCUACUUGAACAAGCGAUCCGAGGGUCGGCUCAGAAAUGUGUGGCAAAAGCGGAAAUGCCAGGCCCUAGAAGGAUAUCUGGAGAUAUAUCAUGGCGAUGAAACAAAAGCCCCCACCCAAGUCAACUUGUUAACUUGUCAAAUGAAGCCAGUCUUGGAGGAUCGGUUAUGUUUCGACGUGGUCUCUUACAACAGGACGUACCAUUUUCAGGCUGAAAGCGAACCCGACUGUGGAGAGUGGAUGUCCGUUCUAUUGAACUCGAAAGAUGGGGCUCUAACUAGAGCCUUCCAAGAUAACGCUCAAGCCAACAGCGUCAAUCAGGGCUAUAUUGAACUGCAGAAAACGUUGGUCACCUUCAUUCGAGGACUGCCCGGAAAUGACCGUUGUUGCGAUUGCGGGUCUAAAAAUGAUGCCACAUGGUUGUCCACCAACUUCGGGAUCAUCAUUUGCAUCGAGUGUUCGGGCAUCCACAGAGAAAUGGGGGUUCACAUUUCCAAGAUACAAUCGCUUACUCUGGACAACAUUGGGACCUCUCAAUUGCUCAUUGCGAGGAUAAUGUCCAACGAGGGGUUUAACAAAAUAAUGGAGGCUGGGAUGCCUUCCAAGCUUCUCCCAAAUAGCAGCAUGGAAGAACGCAAGGCUUACAUCAAGGCCAAGUACGAGGAGAAGAAAUUCAUCCGCCCUUUUUGAAAUGGACCGCAAGAAGUAUACUGUGAUUUAGAACAAGCCAUUGACUCGCAUGGCAUGUUUGACUUACUUCAAGCCUUCGGCGAAGCUAGCCAUCAUGGAGUGGAUAUCACCGAUCCUCUACCGUCUAGUGAGUUCGCCGAAACUAGUCUCCAUCACGCAAUAUCCCAUGAGACGGGCCAUUCCCUCCACAUUGUGGACUUCUUAGUACAAAAUUCAUCUAGUCUGGAUAAGCAAACACGGGAGGGAAACACUCCACUCCAUUAUUGCGUCAUUCAAAACCAGUGUGAAAGCAUGCGAUUACUCUUGCGGUCGGGAGCCAACCCACAAGUCGAGAAUAAUAACGGGAAAACGCCGAUUGAUAUUGCCAAAGAGAGGGGACACGCCCUCUGCGAAGAGAUGCUUAUGCAUUCAUUGCACCGAAAGAAAACAAUGUUUGACAACGUGAACAUUGACUGGCAUUUGACCCAUGAAGACGGUUCCACCGAUUUCUCUGAUGACGAGAUGCUGGAGGACUACCCGAGACUCAAUGGAUCUCGAACUCCAGAGCAUCUCCUCAGCUCUCCGGAUCGGGACGCCCAUCUUCGAACGAGUUCUCGCCCGUACUCUGUAUACCAUAGUUCAACCACACCCAACCGAGGUUCUUUGUCUAUUAAUCGUUCAUCAGACUGGAUCAGUGAUCGAGGGCCUACAACCCUUUCGACCUGGAAUAAAUCUACCUCAGAAACUGGAGACUCGCCCAGGAUGCAUCAUCACAUCCAGAGCAACAAUAUGCCACCUCCUCCCCCGCCUCAAUCGAAGAAACCGGGAGGUCUCUUCUCAAGUUCAAAUAUCACACCGAAUCUUAUGGGUAGUCUGAAGAAAGGUUCGAAACAGACCCUGUCCCUGCCCUCCACUGCCUAUAACACUUUACCCUCCCAACACCACCUCCGAUCCUCGACAUCGUCUCCCCGAUUCAUUCCCAAUAACCACAAGCGAUCCCCUUCGUCAGAUAGUGGGCAUGGAACCCUUCAUAACCCCAUGAUGAUGUCCUCGACCUCCCGGUCAAACACGCCGGUUUCUUACCACGGUGGAAAGGUUCAUCAUACCGUUUUUCUUCAUGUUGGACCCCAAUCGGGCGCGGGAAGCGAUACUUCGCCUCCUUUGAAGAACUUCGCGGACGACUCGUCACCCGAAACCGCGGGUAUCAUUACACGCAUGAAAACGAGUCAAUCCACCGAAAGUUUGGACUCUUUGUCAGACGAAUCUGGAAGCCACCUUCAACGAAGACACGCUCGAUCUCAAUUGCCACAGCACGGAAACUUCCCCGCGAUGAAACGCUGUCGAGCACUCUACGAUUGCGAAGCCGACAACGACGACGAACUUUCUUUUGAGGAGGGCAACAUCAUCCUCAUCUUGAACGAGGAAACCGAGGAUGAGAACUGGAUGGAAGGCAUGUUGGAGUCUCAGCCUACCAAACGCGGUCUUUUCCCCGUUUCAUUCGUCCACAUACUCGAAUAAACACAUGAACAACCCAUCACGGCAC